AUUAUUUAGUAAAAAUUAUAAGGAUUUUUGAUUAAAUAAAUUAACCUUAACAAAACUGAAUAAAAGCAAAUAAAUAUACUUUAAAAUAAUAUAAUAGAUCUUAAAAAUAGCUAAUAAUACAUCUUGAAGAACGAGCAAAAAAUGGAAAUAACUAAAAAAAAUGCUGUAAUGAAAAAAAUGAAGAAUUUUGCCACUAUGGCGGGCAAACUAAAUGCUUUAUCUAGUGCAACUGCAUAAAAAAAAUAAGAUGAGAUAGAAUAGCAAAAUUUAUUAAACAUAGAGAUAGAAAAAGGAAUAGCUUAGGAGAAAUUUUUCAAUGCAGUUUUGAGAAAAGUGAAGACAGAUGCAGACGCGAAGCUAAUACUCCAAAACAUACAAGAAUAUGAAUCGAUUAUCAAAUUAUUUGGUAAGGAUACUGAACCAAGUGCAAAAUUAAUGCUUUGCAAAGGAAUGCAGUUAGAAACAUAUCAAAAGGGAUAGCCUAUUAUCAAGCAAGGUGAGCCCUCUAAUAAUAAAUUUUAUGUCAUAGCUUAAGGCUCUGUAGUUAUUGUAAAAGCAACUGAUACAAAUGUCUUUUAGGUCUCAUAAUAGUAAGAUGAAGAAAAGAAAGAAGCAUAAGGGAAACAAAAGAAAGAGAAGGAGUAACCACCAGAUGUUCUUGCUGUUGAAAUUCAAAAGUAUGGCAAAGAGAUAAACACUCUCAAAUAAGGUUAGGGAUUUGGAGAAGCUGCUAUCAUUGAAACCGAUCCAAGAAAAGCUAAAAGAGGAGCAACUAUUUUAGCUCGUGAAGACUAAACUUAGCUUAUAAUUAUUAUGAAAAGAGAAUUUUAAAAAUUCAAAGAUACAUUUUCCUCUUAGGGAAAAGAAAAAGCUCAAAUUUUGACAUCCUUAAUUCCUUAACUUAAAUUAAUCAAUUCAACUUAGACAAGAGACGAUUUAAUUUUCUACUUUUAGGAGGAAGGUGGCUUAAGAGGAUAACAACUUACAGUAGAAGGAAAGAUUGGAGACAAAUUAUAUGUCCUGAAAGAAGGUUAGCUUGAAAUAAAGAAAAAUUAUGUCAACCAAAAAAAUAUUUACUAUCAUGAUAUUUAGAAGCUGAAGAUUUCUUCAUUGAGUAAUCCCUCCUUUUUUGGUGAAGAAAUUCUAUACGAUAAUGAAGAUAAACCUUACAAUUAUACCAUAACUAUCUCUUCAAUUUAGGCAAGGUUUUAUACAAUUAAAAAGUCAAUAAUUAUGUUCAAAUUUCCAAAUCUAAGAUAAGAUAUUUUAAAUGAGUAUGAGCUUAAAGAAGAACAUAGAAAAAAAACAGUCAACUAUAUUCUUUCAAAAAACUAAUAACCUUCAAAUAUGAUUGAAGUUGGAGAAACUCUCCAUGAGUACAAUAAAUUAAAAAAUUUUGAUUUGUUUUCUUAAAUGAAAUCAUCCAUGGUUGAUGUGCAUAAUAAAAAUGUAUUUAAGGGAGUUUAAAAAAAUGAUAAAUUCCAGAACUAGGAUGACAUUGUAAAAUUAAGAUUGGAAAUGAUCAAAGAGUUUGAAGAAAAGUAAAAUUAAGGCUAAAAAACUAAUUCAUAAACUUUAAUACCAAGUGAGGAAUAAGUAAACUAAUAGUUAUAGCUUUAACUUAAAGAGAGACCAUUUACAGGGAUUUCUAGAAAACAAAAAGCUUUUGCAUCUUAGUAAUAAGUUUAAAUUCCUAAUAUUGACCAAGAUGAAGAGUAAGAAGAUGAAUUCAAAUAAUUCAAGUAAAAUUUUGGAAGUAAUUCUUCAAUUUCCACUAACAAACCAAUUGUUGUAUAGAGGAAUAAUUUUACUGAUCCUAAUGAGAAUAAAUAAAUUAUUAACAAUCUCAAUCUCAAUCCAAAUUCAAAUUCAAAUACAAAUACAAACAAACCUUUACCUGUACCUCUUGAUCCAGUUUAUAGCAGAGUUUAUCAGUAAUAACAUGAUUUUGAAUAAAAUUUUAUGGAAAAUUUGCUUGAGAAAUUAAAAUUAAUGAAUAAAGCUUAGUAAGGACCUAAGGAAUCGCCUCAAUUAGAUUUGGGAUAUCUUGAAUAAUUUAAAAAGAAAUAGUAACACAAAUUAAGAGUGAUGCAAAAAAAUUAAACAAACAACCAAUACUUAAUCAAUAACAGAAAUAGUGUAUUGCAGAAAAAAAUAGACUAAAUAAAAAAUAAAUAUCUUAAAGAAAGUGCUGAAUCAGAUAUUAUUGUUUAAGAUGGCAUAGCUAUAUCAAAUUCUAAUCCAAAUACUCUAUUUAAUACUUUAUUCAGCAAGUCUUAAUAAGAAAAUACACCUAAAAGUAAUAAACACAAUAUCACAAAUGACUCAUUGGGAACUCCACAAUCAGCUUAAGGAAAUCAAUUUACUAGAAACUCAGUUUAAGGAAUAUAACCAAUAAAUGUUGUGAAAUUUAGUAGUUUUAAGAGUGAAGGAACGUAAACCAAAAAAAAUGCAAGCAGUUAGCCAAAAGGAAGUAUUUUUAAAGUAGGUGUAUUCUAAUAACAAUAAUAAUAGCUUACAUAAAAUUAAAGUUCUCCUUAGCUAAAAAAUUAUUUUAUUGCACCUACUAUUUAAAGUGUACCAUCAUUGUUUGUCUUAAACUCUCAAAGAGAACAUAUUUAGAGUAAUUUCAGUAAUGCUAGCAUAUAAACGCCAUAAAAUGGAAAAAAUAUUGGCAGUAGUAUAAACAACGGCAACAACUUGAACUAAAAGAGUGAAAGUAAAGUAGGAAAUUUCUCUAGUUAUGUUUAAAGUUAAAAAGUCUUUAGCUAAAGCACGAUUAUCACAAAUUUUUAAUAAAAUAAAUCAGAAUAAGAAGAAAUUAAUGAUGAUAAAAUUUUAAGCUAAAGAUAUUCUAAUUACAGUGCACUAUAAUUUUAAAGUCCCUUCAGAAAUAAAAACUAAAAAAAAGAUAAUAUAAAUUCCAGUUUUGAAGAAGACUAAACCCAUUAAAAUUAUUACAGUUCAAGUGUAGAACCUCAAGGAUUGUUUAUUUCAGCAGAUUUCAAUGGUGAUAAAUUUUCAAAAGCUAUUUAACUACAGCAAGCAACACCUAUUACUAAUAAAAAAGAUAAAUUACAUCCCUAAAAAGGUUUAUCUCCAUUAGAAAAAAAUACAAGAUAGAGUUUUGAGUAAAACUAAAGAAGUGUUUCUUCCUAACAAUUGAAAAGAAUUAGCUUACAAAGACAAAAAUUAAAAACGGGCUUGUCUCUUAUAAAAAAGCCUUUAGCUACUUAACCUUUUUGA